AUGUCCUCCAGUCUUCAUUGUGUUUGUGGACAACAAUCUGCCAACGACAGUUCAUUCACCCGCCAUCAUGCUCAACAUUCCAAACGCACCAUCGAGAAUGUUGGCCUGUCACCAGGGCCUUCAAAGUGGAAAACCAGGCAUUUACAUCCUGAACGUGCAGAGGCCAACAUAUCUACUCCAUACAAGUCUCGCCGUGCUGAAAUGGGAGCAUUAUCAGCUUCAAAGCUUAGGGCGAUGCAGGUGCAGCAUCCUAGCUCGACUGACCCACCAAUCGAGGCUGCCAGCCCCCUCCCAGACACACACCCCUGCUGGACGGCUGACGACUUCACAUACGACGAACCGUCUCUAAUGGCAGAUGCCUCUACUACACCCACUUCACCCCACAUCAACAAUCAUCCUCUAGGCAAACGACCAGGCCCACUAGCUACUUCCAGUACACAAAGCAAUACUGAACCUCCCUCUCAUGUUCUUCCAUCACACGUCCGUCUCCUGGUGACUGAAACUUUCUGCACCCUCGUGAAUUCCUUUGGCCUCAUGUGUGAAUAUCGUGGACGCCCCUCAUGUGUUCCUGAUGCGGAUGUUGAUUUCGAGCAGCUGCGUGGGGAUUCUGCCCAGAUACCCAGUAAUGAGGGACCCCAAUCUCUUGCCGAGAUAAUACAUCCAUACCCCAAUAUGAGCUUGUUCCUGCUUAACCACUGGUUUUGGAACCGUGGAGCUAACAAAUCAAAGGUGGACCGCAAAGAGUUGAUCGAGAAUGUCCUGUCACAUCCGGACUUCAGGACUGAAGACUUAUGUGGCAUUAACAUGGACAAACUAGAUGCACAAGUUGCAGACGAUGCUGACUCUCCAUGGGAAGGUAAUGGGUGGAUAAAUUCCAAUCUAACGAUCGAUAUCCCAUUGGGCGAGAAGACCACAAAGUCAAGCAAGCGCCAACGUGCGAGGGAUGUUCAAACUGCCCACCGCCAUGGCGAGAUUGAUCCUGAUGCCCCAGAGGUACCUACUAUCAGAUUCAACAUUCCCAACUUUCGCCAUCGCAGCCUUCUCACCAUCAUCCAGGAGUUCUGGAAGCCUUCGCACUCUGAUGUUGAAGAACGUGUAUUCGACGAGGUGUACACAUCGGAUGCUUUCUUGGCAGCAGACCGUGAGCUGCAGUCAUCCCCACGAGAAACAGGUUGCAAUCUCCCAAGAGCGGUGGCCGGAUUUAUGUUCUGGUCAGAUGCCACCCAUGUGGCGCAGUUUGGACAGGCCAAGCUGUGGCCAAUAUAUGCUUACUUUGCUAACCAGUCAAAGUAUGAUCGAUGCAGGCCAACUGCACGUGCUGCUCAUUGCGUGGCCUAUCUGCAUGCUCUGCCUGAUUCCAUCACCGACUUUUUGCGAUUAAAAGGACGUGCUGUCUCUCCGACACUUUUGACACAUUGCCGAAGGGAACUUUUUCACCAAGCUUGGAACCUCAUCAUAGACGACGACUUUAUUACUGCAUACAUGCAUGGUAUCAUUGUAGACUGCGCAGAUGGCAUCCGACAACGAAUCUAUCCUCGCAUAUUCACAUACUCUGCAGACUAUCCCGAAAAGGUUUUAAUUGUGACAAUUCGUGACAUGGGUGGCUGUCCAUGCCCUCGCUGCACUAUUCCAAAGGAGAAGAUUGCAGGACUUGGCACUCGUGCGGACCAGGCUAUCCGUGUCACUCACUGGCGUGUAGAUGAUGAAGUACGCCGACUGCCAACUUCCAGUGACCUAUCUGGUGGCUCGUCACCAUCCCCAGAGCCUCUCACACCAAAGGUACAUAAAAAAAAAUGUCCUCGCCGAAGAGAUGAUGACUCCGAUGACCUCGAAGAGCCAGUCAUCAAGAAGGCUAGUGCCCAGCAGCAAGUUGUGGCUGUAAAUAAAAAAAUGCUCAUUCACAAAGGCCAUAUGCUUGGACGCUGGGUUGAUAUGUGGCAGCACAACAUAACCAUUCUCGAAAAGGGGAUCCAACGCGAGGCCGAUAGUAGCAGUCAUGGUGAGUAUACACCAAAGGAGGAUGAGCAAUAUGACAUCUAUAAAUCCAUUUGCUCGUUGGCCCCUUGCAUCAUUGACGAAGUCCAUAGGGCUGGAUGUUUGGUUCUCAAUGAUGCAUGCCGGCGAGCUCAUGGGGAUGACAUCAAUAGCAUCAAAGAGAAGAUUGCACAUUGGCGCCACUUUCCAAGUAUCAAUCCUUCGGUCUUUGUCUCUGCACGUCACACUCUUGGUUUCAAUAACCAGUGCACAGGAAAGCUGCUGUGUCCUGCAAAUCAUGGCCUUCGUGAUGGGUCAAUGGUGGUCACAUCUUCACAGUUCCCCUGUUUUCUUUGGCUUAACGAGGUGGUCGACCCUAAUGACUUUUUCAAAGGCUGGUUGGAGAAUGAGUUGCUUGUUCAGGGCUACUUGCAUAUUUUCAAGUCUCCUAGUUCGGCAAUCUGCUUGGAUGGUGUGUCAGGCAGGUUGACCACACGACAUGGAAAUGCUGCACUGCAUGGCAUUCGAACAGUCAGCAUUCCAUCAAUCGCAUAUGUUGCAACAUUGGGUAGCAUGUCCCGUGGUCACAAGUCUCAAUUCUCCUAUGAAGCAUUUUACAACAAUAUCGUCAGGACGACCUUUGAAGCACUUGACGAUGGUGAACUGGCAGCAUUGUGCACAUGGUGGAAUGGGCGCAUAUUCUCGGACAUCAUAGAUUACGAUGAGGGGGAUGAGGGUGAGGACAGCGUGAUGGCAAUGAUGAAGGCUCAGGCAGCAGCAAGAAGGGCAGCUACUAGUACAGUAUAA